GCGCUGCCCCGCACUCCGCACGGCGCGGGGCGAGCGGCUCCGUACAGGCGGGCGCCAGGCUGGUCACCGCCCGACACGCCGAGGGGGCUGCGGCGUUCCCGAGGGAAGGGGCAGCAGGACACGAGGAGCUGCGCCAGCCUCCCCGGCGGCCGGCCGCGCACCCGAGCGCGCAGGGCGCGGAGCUGGCGGGGCACCGCGCGUGAGGAUGCUGUGCGGGUGAGGGGAAGGAGGAGAAGAACCCACCGUCCCCAUUACACCUGGCGGUGACUCUGGCUGCCUGAAUAUCGAAGGAGAUGCUUGAAGCCUCUGUGAUCUUCUGACAUCUUGACUAGCUGUCACUGAAGAGCUACACAUGACAGAACCUGAAGGCUGUACAGAAUACAGAGCUGCAGAAUACGGCUCUGGAGCUCAUACCCCACAGUAUCCACUUAUGAAGUUAGCAGUUGGGAAGAAGAAGAUACCAAAGCCAUGGAGAAUUUCUAGAUAAUGGAGUAGCAUAUCUACUCAACUUUGAAAAGUUCUGGAAAUAACAAUCACAGAGCAAGCAAACACAUUUUCAUCCAGGAGUGUAAACCAAGACUGCAUUUCCAAGGCCUGGACAUCUCUGAUUUUCAUUCCGUGCUCUCAUGCAAAACAUGUCAAACACAACAGAGAACUCAACUAACCCUCACUCAGCUCUUCUAGGUGUGUUCCUGGGAAGCAUUUCACUGAUCACUAUUGUCAUGAAUAUAUUAGUACUAUGUGCUGUGAAAACUGAAAAGAAGCUGCAAACAGUUGGCAAUUUAUACAUUGUCAGCCUCUCUAUUGCAGAUCUUAUAGUUGGUGCAGCUGUUAUGCCCCUGAAUAUUGUUUAUCUCCUAAGUCCUGUGUGGACUCUAGGCUUACCAGUCUGUCUGUUCUGGCUGUCAAUGGAUUAUGUGGCCAGCACUGCAUCCAUUUUCAAUCUCUUCAUAUUGUGCAUUGACCGUUAUCGUUCAGUUCAGCAACCGCUGAAAUAUCUCAAGUAUAGAACAAAAAUGAGAGCGUCACUAAUGAUUUUGGGGUGUUGGUUGCUCUCUUUCAUGUGGAUCAUUCCAAUCCUAGGAUGGCAUGUUUUUGCUAAUAAUGGGGAAAGGAAAGUAAAGGAAAACAAAUGUGAAACUGAGUUCUCUAAAGUCACCUGGUUUAAAGUGGUGACAGCCAUUUUCAAUUUCUACCUACCCUCUGUCAUGAUGUUAUGGUUCUACUAUAAAAUAUUCAGAGCUGUUCGAAAACACUGUCAACACCGAGAGCUCAACAAUGGAUCGUAUUGGUCUUCCUCAGGAAAAAAACCCAUACCUCAGAGUAAGACGAAGAACAAGCAAAAUAUUUGCCUCCAAAAGCAAAUCUUAGAUGAGGACACUCCUCCCAAAGACAAGCAAAGCUCCCCUCAGCCCAAAAAUAUGGAGGCAGAGCUUCAUUUCAGUGAUUCUGAUAAGUCUUCAAGGCCGUUUGUUAGCAAGAGUAAUCAGCAAGUCCUUAAAUGGAGCUGUUUUCCUCUCACCACUGCCCAGCCUGAGCCAGGCCUGGAUAAAGGAAAGAAGUGCGUGUGUGUAACAGAAGAGAACGAAAAUGAAGAAGAGCCUAGCUCACAAGACAGUGACUUAAGUGAUGCAUCAGACAGCCACACUUUCACAGAGGAGGUACCCUGCAGAGAGCACUCCAGUCCUAACCCUGAAAAAGCCUGCAGUCCCCAGGAAAAGACUGAGAACAGGGAGUUCAGAGGACUGACUUCCCUGAGGAAAACCUGGCAAAGUCUGCGCACCCAUUCCAAAAGGCACGUUCAAGGACUGCAUGGGAACAGGGAGAGGAAAGCGGCUAUGCAGUUAGGGGUCAUAAUGGCAGCCUUUAUGCUGUGCUGGAUUCCCUAUUUUGUAUUAUUUAUGGUAAUAGCUUUCCAUGGCCAUGAACAAUUUUCAAAAUUACACAUGUUCACUAUAUGGCUUGGCUAUGUGAACUCCACCUUAAAUCCAUUCCUAUAUCCUCUUUGUAACCAGAAUUUCAAGAAGACAUUCAAAAAGAUCCUUCACAUCCACUGAUACGGGUCUGGGGGGGGGGCGGGGUGUUGAGCUAAAAAGCAGCUUGAGAGUUCAACCAAAUAAAAAGUUCCUGUUUCAAAGACAAACACCAUGGGUAAAGUAGACAACUUCAGAAAACUGUAAUUUAUAAAUAAGUGUUAGUAAAAAAGUGGGAAACAUGGAUUUAACAGCUUUGACAGAUUUGAAGAAGAACUGAUUCACAUCAGGAAUCUGAAAAACUCAGGGGGAAUCUCAGAACUGUUACACUGUUGUACACAUUUUACAAUUUGAGAUUACCUCUUUCAUCAUGUAGAACAAAACCUGGAGAUACACAUAGAGAUCUUCAGUACUUAUAAAUUAUUCAGCUACAGAAAAGGAAAAGAAUAAUGUUUCUGUGACUGGCCAAAUAUAUUUUUUUCUUUCAACUUCAUUAAACACAGGAACACAUCACUUGUGCAGUGAGAUCUGCAAGUGGAGGUACUUUACACAGUCAAAGAAAGAAGCUUCAACAGUUUGAAUAGGAUAGAUAUUUUUAAACAGCUGAAGCUUCUUUCUUUGACUGUGGCGUUAUAGCUUCCCCUAAAAACAAACUUUUCUGAAAUGUCAGUUAUAUCGUAACCUGCCAUAUCUCUUUGAUGUCAUGCUUGCUUCAUUUAUACCUGUACAUGUUAACUUCACUGAAAAAAACCCGAAGUAUUUUUUUCAUAGAAAUUUUGCUAAGAUUUUCCAUAAUCAACAGAUUAUGACUAUCUAUUCAAGAAGGGCAUGCUGUUGUUUCUAGACUUAUGGAAAAUGGUUGAUGAUAGAUUGCACAUAUUUUCUUCUUCCUGGAAGCUGGCAAAUAACAUAAGCAUGCAGUGCCAAUAUUAAUCCAUAUAUCCUUAUCUUGUAGUAGGUAAAGUCUUGCUAUUGUAAUGAGACAAACUCAUGAGCAACUCAAGCUUGCAAAACAAACAAAAAUAAACAUGAAGUAUGUUUAC